AUGAGUGCCAUCAAAUCCUCUGUCAACAGAAUAAUCAAAAAAGUCACAACUAAACAUGGAUUGCUAGGUGAUUAUGACUACAAAUAUCUAUUCACUCCAAAGAUCCCAUUUGUUAAGAAACAAUCACAAAUCCAACCCUUUUUUGGUUUGAAUUCUGAUAUGCCUUUAUUAUUAGGGUUCUUAUUAGGUUUACAACACUCUUUAUCAAUGCUUGCCGGUGUGGUUGCACCUCCUCUAAUCAUUGCUUCCUCUGCCCAUUUAUCAGGUGAAGCUUCUCAAUACCUUGUUUCAGUUUCAUUGAUUGUUUCAGGUAUUUUAUCAUUGAUCCAGAUCACAAGAUUCCAUAUCUACAAGACUAAAUAUUAUAUCGGUACCGGGCUAGUUUCAGUCGUGGGUACUUCAUUCGCUACAAUCACUAUUGUGCAAAAGGCCAUUCCAAUGAUGUAUGCAAAUGGUGAAUGUCCAGUUGAUGCAGAUGGGAACUUCUUACCAUGUCCAGAUGGAUAUGGUGCAAUCUUGGGUACUGGUUGUGUGUGUGCCCUUUUGGAAAUCUUCUUAUCUUUUAUGCCUCCAAAAAUCUUGCAAAAAUUGUUCCCACCAAUGGUUACAGGUCCUGUUGUCUUGUUGAUUGGUGUUCAUUUGAUCUCUUCAGGGUUUUCUGAUUGGUUGGGUGGUUCUGGUUGUAGUUCUGGUAAGACUAUGUGUCCUUCAAACACUGCACCACAUCCAUUACCUUGGGGGUCUGCACAAUUUAUUGGGUUAGGGUUCUUGGUUUUCGUUGUUAUUAUAAUUUGUGAAAAAUGGGGGGCUCCAAUCAUGAAAUCUUGUGCAGUUAUUGUUGGGUUAUUAGUUGGUUGUAUUGUUGCUGCUGCUUGUAAUUAUUUUGAUCGUUCAGGUAUUGAUCAAUCACCAGCUGUGACAUUUAUCUGGGUUCACACUUUUAAAUUAUCUGUUUAUGGUCCCGCAGUGUUGCCAAUGCUUGCCACUUAUAUCGUCUUGAUGAUGGAAGCUAUUGGUGAUAUCACUGCAACUUGUGAUGUUUCAAGAUUAGAAGUUGAAGGUGAAGUUUAUGAUUCAAGAAUCCAAGGUGGUAUUUUAGCUGAUGGGUUUAAUGGAUUAUUAUCAUGUCUUUGUACAAUGACCCCAAUGUCUACUUUUGCUCAAAAUAAUGGUGUCAUUUCAAUUACUAAAUGUGCUAAUAGAAUGGCUGGUUAUUGGUGUUGUUUCUUUUUAAUCGUUAUGGGUAUCUUUGCUAAAUUUGCUGCUGCUUUAGUAAGUAUUCCAAAAGCUGUCUUGGGUGGCAUGACUACUUUCUUAUUCACUUCAGUGGCAGUUUCUGGUCUAAGUAUCAUCUCAACAGUCCCAUUCACAAGAAGAAAUAGAUUUAUCUUGACAGCUUCAUUAGUUUUAGGAUUAGGUAGUACAAUGGUUGAUGGUUGGUUUGAUAAAGUUUUCACUUAUGAUGGUGAUAAUAGAUCAUUAAAAGGGUUCUUCAAUGCCAUUGUGUUGGUCUUGGAAACAGGUUUUGCCGUCACUGGGUUUGUUGGUGUUUUCCUAAACUUGUUUAUUGGUGAAGAAGAAGAAGAAGACACUGCACCAAUGUAUUUGGAAGGUGAUGAAGUUCAUGAAUUGGAUAAUCAAAGUGCUGAAUUGGAAGGUUCAAGUGCCUCCAUGAGUAAAGAACAAGUUAUGAACCAAACCAAGUCAUGA